ACGGCAGAUCUAUAUGGCUGGCCUUCUCUGACCAGCUAGUGUGAACUCCACAGAUCCAAAAGGAAAUCAGGAUUUAGGAACCUGUCCUGGACUGAAAACAAAGGAACUACUAUUGACUUUGGAGUCGUAUUAUUCACAGCAUACACUAUAUCAGUGAAGAACACACACUUGGGAAGUUUCACUUCUUGUUUGACUUGUCCUGCUACUUUAAGGGAAAAUAGUUACUCCAGAGGCCAUUGGGUUCUUGUCUGCAGUUGGAGUAUUUAUUGUCCUCCUCACAGUCCUUUUCCUCUUAAUCAACAAGAAACUGUGCUUCGAAAAGAUAGGUGGACUCCCAUGCUUGGAACAACCAGGGAGACGAAAACACUACAAAGAGAGGUCGGGGGUUCAUGAGGGCCUGGCUCACAGAAUUGUAAGUGUGGCAUGCUGGCAAAACUGAACAACUGAUCAUCAGAUACGGGUCAUGGUAUAAGCAUGGCUUCUCAGAAUGCUCAGAGUUUCCUCCAGCCACUCUCCUCCUGGAUGUCACGGAUGUAUGAAGCUGUCCAGCAAGUGGGAGACUCCUUAUCUGCUUCAUUGGUCAACUUGAGCAGAGUGGACCACAAGUCGGAGGAAGAUGGAAACCAGGACUUAGAAGACAGUGACGGCAGUUACAAGGACUACUCUGAAGAUUCAGAAGAUGAAGGAAGCUUUAGCCAGAACAUGAAAGAUGCUGAACACGUGCAUCCUGAAGACGGUGACUUUCCAUCAACAAGUCAUGAUCUUGAUUCCCAGGCACCUGCCCGGGGCUCCGACAUGGAUCUGCAAUGGCAGAAAAGAGUGAGAAGCGGCACCAGCUCCUUAGAGCAACGUCCAGACGACACCAGCUCUCUGUCAUCCCAGGGGUUUUACCAAGAAUAUGACGACCACCAGCUGCUAGGUAUGCUUCCUACCAUACCUGAGGAGGAAGGCUACCUCAACAGGCAGAUAAGGGACCUUCAGCGUGAACUUGAUAUGCCUGGCUCAUUAGAAAAUAUUAAUGGAAAGGCAUGUGUGGAAGUGAACAGUUAUGGGGAGGAUGAAGAGCUAACCACAUCUUCAGAUAGCGACGACGAGGUGAUUAAACAGUUUGCGAUCUCUGUGUCACGCUCGCAGAGUUUUCGAUCGGGGCUGUCUGAAAAGGCAACACAAGCGGGUUCAGAACGUAAACCUAAAUUCAACCGCUUGCUGUCCAGCCAUGAGGAGUACAGUACCGAGGCAUCUGAAUGCGAAGAACUGGAUGGGCUAAGCCAACUGAGUUUCCAAGACAACCUAUCGUAUCAUGAAGAUGACCACAUAUCUGUUGAUUCAAGAACUACCUCUGAGAGUAGGGGUACCAUGCAAGCCAAAGGCCCUGGAAUGGAGGCUAGCAUUGCCCAUAGCCUUAGCCAACAAACCACAGAAGGGAGCUUGCAAAUGGAGACAGCGUUCAGCAACCAGGGAUUUGAAGGAAAUGACGCAACUGACAGCUCAUCAGCUUGGAGCCCUGAGGAACAUGAUGGAGGGAAUAGUCUUCCAGCUCAUCACAGCGCCCAUGAACCCAUUUCUAAAUGCGGUGACCUAGACGUCAUCUUCGAUUAUAAGGCCUCAAGCCAAAAGCUGCUGGUAACUAUCCUGGAAGCUAAGGAUAUCCCAGACAAAGACCGCAGUGGUGUGAACACCUGGCAAGUUCACACAGUCCUGAUGCCCAGCAAGAAACAGAGGGGAAAGACGAGCAUUCAGAAAGGACCCAUCCCAGUGUUCAAAGACAAAAUGACCUUUAAUAAGCUGGAGCCAGAGAAGUUGAAUAGCUACGCACUCAGGUUCCGUCUCUAUGCAGUGCGCAAAAUGAUCCGGGAACAGAUGAUGGGGGAGCAACUGUUUUAUCUGAGGAGCCUAAACCAGGAGAGGGAAGUGAAGGUGACACUGGUUUUGGAGCCAAGGAGCGAUAUGAGCAGCGGAGACUCUCAGAUCAGUCUGUCGGCAACCUCUCACAGCGAUAGCGCUUCUUCAACACAGUCCCUGUCUCACGGAGGCAUACCAGAGCUGCUGGUGGGACUGUCGUACAAUGCUACUACCGGACGGUUGUCAGUAGAGAUGAUCAAAGGCAGCCAUUUCCGCAACCUUGCUGUAAACAGGCCGCCCGACACCUAUGGAAAGCUCUGCCUUCUCAACUCCAUGGGCCAGGAGAUGUCUCGUUGCAAGACAUCCAUCCGUCGAGGCCAACCAAACCCCAUCUACAAGGAGACGUUCGUCUUCCAAGUUGCCCUGUUCCAGCUUUCUGACGUCACGCUGAUGAUCUCCAUAUACAACCGGCGCAGCAUGAAGCGCAAGGAGAUGAUUGGCUGGAUUUCUAUGGGUCAGAACAGCAGCGGAGAAGAAGAGCAAAACCACUGGCAAGAAAUGAAAGAAACGAAAGGGCAGCAGGUCUGCAGGUGGCAUACCUUACUGGAAUCCUAAUGGUCCCUGAGCUCCUGGGACUGCCCACUGGAUCCUCCCAUAAUCACCCCGCUGAAAGCAGCCAUCCCAUAGCAAACAUUAUGAACCAUCCGGGUCUAUUUUAACUGAAUUUUUAAAACUCAGCACACUCAGUGAAUGUAGGUGCUGGGGCCCAGUGAGAAAAUUUACCUGUUGCCUUUGAGGGUUUUCAUACAUUUUCUCACCCAAACGAUAACCAGAAGGGAAGUGGUUAUGAAAAACACAAAGCUACUUUUACCCUCUUGCCGUCAAUGCCUCAUUGAUCUAAAUUGUUUUUGUUGCUAUUUUCUUCUGGUGUAAUGUCUUUCUCCCACCUCCAUUCCUAUUAUUGAUGUAUGCAAAUAUUCUUGAUACACAGAUGACGUCAUUAGUCUAGCACUGCAUGCCACUCGUUCUUCCUUUUACUACAGUGUUUCUAAAUCCAAGAGAGAAACAUUUGAUACCA